GGAGUGGGGAGCGCGUUUUGUUUCUUUUCACACUGGCCCUAAAGAGGAUAUAUUAGAAGUUGAAAAGGAAGGGUGAGAAGCAGGCCGAUGGCGCAAAGGUACGACGAUUUACCCCAUUACGGUGGGAUGGAUGGAGUGGGGAUUCCAAGCACCAUGUACGGGGACCCCCAUGCCGCCAGAUCCAUGCAGCCUGUCCACCACUUGAACCAUGGUCCUCCGCUUCACUCCCAUCAAUACCCGCACACAGCCCACACUAACGCCAUGCCCCCCAGCAUGGGUUCCUCUGUCAAUGACGCUUUAAAGAGAGAUAAAGAUGCAAUUUAUGGACAUCCCCUCUUCCCACUCUUAGCACUGAUUUUUGAGAAAUGUGAACUAGCGACGUGCACGCCCCGGGAGCCCGGGGUAGCGGGAGGCGACGUUUGUUCUUCCGAAUCUUUCAACGAAGAUAUAGCCGUGUUCGCGAAACAGAUACGAGCAGAAAAACCCUUAUUUUCUUCUAACCCCGAACUGGAUAACUUGAUGAUCCAAGCCAUACAAGUAUUAAGGUUUCAUCUGUUGGAAUUAGAGAAGGUACACGAAUUGUGUGACAAUUUCUGCCACCGGUACAUUAGCUGUUUGAAAGGGAAAAUGCCAAUCGAUUUGGUGAUAGACGAUAGAGAAGGCGGAUCAAAAUCAGACAGCGAAGACAUAACGAGAUCAGCAAACCUAACAGAUCAGCCUUCUUGGAAUAGAGACCAUGAUGACACAGCAUCAACACGGUCAGGAGGAACGCCAGGGCCUUCCAGUGGGGGCCACACAUCACACAGUGGGGACAACAGCAGUGAACAAGGUGACGGCUUGGACAACAGUGUAGCGUCUCCCAGCACAGGUGAUGAUGAUGAUCCAGAUAAGGACAAAAAGCGACAUAAAAAGCGGGGCAUCUUUCCCAAAGUAGCCACAAAUAUCAUGAGGGCAUGGCUGUUCCAGCAUCUAACACACCCUUAUCCUUCAGAAGAACAGAAAAAGCAGUUGGCACAAGACACGGGGUUGACAAUACUUCAAGUGAACAAUUGGUAAGUAAUUAUACUUCAGUAUUUACCCAGUAUCAGAAUUACAGCCUCUGGCAACUUGCAGCUAAUGGUUUGCAUUAUGAUGGUCCACCUUUUAGUAACUUUCUUUCUUAGUUUAGGCAAAUCCAGCAUUAGCCUAGAAAAUGCUUUCAGCUAAUGGAGCCAGUGAUUUUGUUCUCCUUGUGUUAUGGCUAUUGGCUUUUACACAACAGUGGAAAUAGUUAGGUUUCUUUUUGUAAGUGUCUGCAUGGUGAUUAGGUAGAAUGGAUUUGUUUUUGACCACCUUUCAGGAAAUCAAUUUCUCAACAGCUAGGAAAUUACGAAUGAAUUGACCAUUAUUAUAGUUAUUUCAUACUCAUUUUAGUGUACCUUUGCAUGCAAUGUUAUUCAGAAUUGCUGCAGUUGAACAUAGAGUGGUCUAAAUCUUUUUAAUGUCUCUCAAGCCAUGAGGUAGAAAACUGGUUAACAUAAUUACUAAUAAGCUAAUUAGCAAAAAGAACAAGCAGAAAUAUAAAUGUCCAAAUCUUGGUUUAAGAGGGAAAAUAAAACUUCCUAAAAUAUAUUAAGUUUUUGUUGUUUCUAAUAGUAUAGCUCUUAAUAGGGGGAAAAUGCAGUUAAAAAAACAAUUUA